GUAGUGUAUGUCGCAACAUCGAAAUUUAAAUCUCUUUGGUGUCGCCAUAGUAGCUACAUUAGAGCAGUGGCCAUGUCGACAGUAAAUGUGCAUGCAGCUAUUCCUCAUGCAAUUUUUGGAAUAAUAAUCUUUACGGUUACAUUGCAUUAG